AUGUUCAAAAAUUUCAAGGAAAAACAUGCAUCGUUGUUUGAAUCCAAACAACCCAAUGCAACUGCAUCAGAAAGUGACAGAGGUCAGGAUCUCUCAUCGAUCCUAGACAGAUCACAGCGUGGAGAUCUGACCGUCCUCGUUGCCGAAACCGCUGAGUCAAUGCGCAUCGGGAUACUCGAGCUUUGCGAAAAUAAAAAAGAUGGAUCUCCCAAUCGUGCCUCUCCGCGCCCAUCUCCACAGGAUGACCCCCAUGCGGAUCAAGAAGAAGACUCUCCACCGUUGCCGCCACGGCCACAGCGCAAACCGGUCCCGGCCGAAGCUGCGAGGAAGCAAACAGACCCUCCUGGCAAGCCAUCGAGGCCCCAGACCCGAGAAACCUUGCUGUCGACGUUUGAAAACUGGAGAGAUUCAGUUCUGCUUCGUGUUGGCGAGGUCGUCAAUCAAGAUAAUGAGGAUCAGCCAGAUGACAAGGGUGAAUCGGAAUUGCAGAAAGCUGCCAAGUCUGAUGAUCUUCCUUUGGACGAGGAUGAAGAUAGAUUGAAGAAAUUACAAUCAAUCUACCACCCGGUAGAAACACCUUUGGUUCAUCUUCCCAAAGCCACGCGGUUGCUUAUUCUUCAUUCCUUGCUGCUGUUACUUCUCAGUCUAGAGCAUUACAGUGCUUACUCGCGAGUAUUGAUGUUGAAUGUUGCGUCCAGCCUGCACAUAGAUAUCAAUAUCCUCAAUCAGGAUGAAGUGAAGGUUGCUCGUGGGUUGCUGGCGACCGCACUCGCCCUUUCAGCAGAUAAAAGCGCCGAAGAAAAGCCGAAGAAAAAUGACGAUAUGCGCAAAUGGAAAGUUGGAAUUGCCUCAGUGGCUGGAGCCGCGUUGAUCGGCUUGACUGGCGGCCUCGCUGCUCCACUAGUAGCCGCCGGCCUGGGAACUGUUUUGGGCGGCGUGGGCCUCGGCGCCACUGCCGCCGCCGGUCUUCUCGGCACAUUGGCUGGAAGCAGUGUUGUUGUCGGUGGGCUAUUCGGUGCCUAUGGCGGACGCAUGACCGGUCGCAUGAUGGACAAGUACGCCCGCGAAGUAGACGACUUUGCAUUCAUUCCUGUUCGAGGAGACCGUCGACGCAACCAAAAGGACAAAGAGUCUGCCGAGCAGGAUCAUCGUCUGCGAGUCACCAUCGGUAUCACGGGCUGGGUCAAGGAGGAAUCGAACUUCGUGGUCCCAUGGAGAGUGGUCGGUGCCGACUCAGAGGUGUUCGCCCUUCGUUGGGAAAUGGAGCCUCUCAUGAACCUGGGUAAUGCUAUCUCCGCGCUUGUCACUAGCGCAGCGUGGUCAGUGGCCGGUCGCGAGGUCUUGGCUCGCACUGUGUUCUCCACCCUCAUGAGCGCUGUCAUGCUCCCCCUCGGCCUGAUGAAGGUUGCAGGUGUGGUCGAUAACCCUUUCAGUGUGGCCAAGUCGCGCGCCGACAAGGCGGGCGAAGUACUCGCGGAUGCUUUGAUCAACAAGGCCCAGGGUGAACGGCCUGUGACUUUGAUAGGGUAUUCCCUCGGAUCCCGGCUCAUCUUUUCUUGUCUUCAAAGCCUCGAGAAGAAGGGCGCGUAUGGGUUGAUCGAGUCUGUCAUUCUGAUGGGAUCGCCAACUCCAUCGAACACAGAGCACUGGCAAAAGAUUCGAAGCGUCGUGAGUGGACGGGUCGUGAACGUCUAUUCGGAGAACGACUCUGUCCUGGCUUUCCUCUACCGCACCAGCAGCAUGCAACUCGGUGUCGCCGGCCUGCAAGCGGUUGAAGGUGUUCCAGGCAUCGAGAACCUCAACGUCAGCGAGAUGAUCAGCGGUCACUUGCGAUACCAGUAUUUGCUCGGGAGGAUCCUCACUCUCACCGGGUUGCAGGACCUUGACGCCAGCGAGAUUGAGCGCGAAGAAGCUGCUCUUGCGGUUGAGGAUAAGAAACAAGAAAAGGAACGUUUGCAGAACCAGGAGGAUGCUGGCGUCAAAGACCCCGAGUCUGCGGCUGCACAGGACACGGUGAAUAGCAAGGAGGGCUUCGGCGAGGAUUCCCGUUUGCAGAAGCAGGUUGAGGCGCAGACUCAAGAGAACAUGGCCAGUCAUCGGAUCGAGAUGCUUGAUCUGCAUGAUGAUGACUAUUCGGCGCCUUUGAAAGAGGAUCCUUCCAAGCAUUCCGCACUCUAG